AUGGCAGGAUUGAAUUUCGAAAACUAUCAGAGAAACCAGUUCUUGACAACCAAAGGAUUUGCACAACCAAAAGCUACAUCCACAGGUACGACAAUUGUCGGUUGCCAAUUCAAAAAUGGUGUCGUGAUUGCCGCUGAUACAAGAGCCACUGCUGGACCUAUAGUUGCUGACAAGAAUUGUGAAAAAUUGCACAGACUUGCACCAAAAAUAUGGUGUGCUGGUGCUGGUACCGCCGCUGAUACUGAAAUGGUCACUCAAUUGAUUGCAUCAAACUUGGAACUACAUGCAUUGUCACAGAAUAGACAACCACGUGUGAUAACAGCAGUAACCAUGUUGAAACAACACUUGUUCAAAUAUCAGGGCCACUUGGGUGCGUACUUGAUUGUUGCUGGAGUUGAUCCUACAGGAGCACACCUUCUUUCUGUACAAGCACAUGGAUCAACUGAUGUAGGAAAGUAUCAAAGUUUAGGGUCUGGUUCGUUAGCAGCAAUGGCAGUGUUGGAAACUAAUUUCAAAGAGGACAUGACUAAAGAAGAGGCCAUAGAAUUGUGCUCAAAAGCCAUCGAAGCUGGUAUUUGGAAUGAUUUGGGUUCGGGUUCCAAUGUUGAUGUUUGUGUGAUGGAAGUGGGUAAGGAUGCUCACUUGAUGAGAAAUUACAUCACGCCAAAUGUGAGAAUAAAGAAAUGCAGAGACUACAAGUUUCCAAGAGGAACUACAGCGGUAUUGGGACAAAAAGUACGUGAUAUUUGCGACAUUGAAGAAACUGUUGUCACCUUCGAUAACAUGGAGGUCGAUGCCACUGUGUAG